GGGCUGGUGCUGCUCCACGGCUCUUUCUGGGGGAGACACUGCAGUAUAAAAGAUUUGCGCCGGAAGCGGAUCGUCCUCUUCUAGUGAUCAAACAUGGCGGACCAGGGAGAGAAGAAGGAGAACCCCAUGAGGGAGUUGCGCAUCCGCAAACUCUGCCUGAAUAUCUGUGUAGGUGAAAGUGGUGACAGGCUGACCCGUGCCGCCAAGGUGCUGGAACAGCUGACAGGCCAGACUCCUGUCUUCUCCAAAGCCCGCUACACUGUUCGAUCCUUUGGCAUUCGUAGAAAUGAAAAAAUUGCAGUCCAUUGCACUGUUCGUGGUGCCAAGGCUGAGGAGAUCCUGGAGAAGGGCUUGAAGGUGCGUGAGUAUGAGCUGAGGAAGAACAACUUCUCCGACAGUGGAAACUUCGGCUUUGGGAUCCAGGAGCACAUCGAUCUGGGCAUCAAGUACGACCCCAGCAUUGGCAUCUAUGGCUUGGACUUCUACGUGGUUCUUGGCAGACCUGGAUUCAGCAUUGCUGACAAGAAAAGAAAGAGGGGCCGCAUUGGCUUCAAGCACCGCAUCCGCAAGGAGGAGGCCAUGCGCUGGUUCCAACAGAAGUAUGAUGGCAUCAUCCUUCCUGGAAAGUAGAGGACCACCUUUUUGAUUUUGUUUAACAAACAAUAAAAACGAAAAGCCCA